CGUUAUAUAUUUCAGUUAUCCAAGGAGGCCCGCCUCUUUGCAAAAACAAACCCAAAUGCAGGGGAUGUCCCAAUUUAAAAAUAUCAAACGGUAAAGUGAAUGACCAUAAACCAAUUAGUGGAAGUGGGAGGCGUGCAGUAUAUAUAUGCGAUGAAGGAUUUACUUUAGAAGGGACUGGUGUUCGAAUGUGUCUACAAAAUGGAAAGUGGGAUGGAACACAACCUAUCUGUAUUAAAAAUGAUCUAGAUGACUUGAAAGAUACAUCUCAAGACGAAGCCGACUCUGAAGAAGAUACACCAAAAUCCACAAAGCCUGUAUUUGACAAAACAGAAGAAACAUCCUCAAACAUUACAACAACCCUAUCAUCAGAAAUUUCUUCAAAACCCUCUGAGAAAGAUGAGAAUGAAGCGUCACAAGCUUUAUCAAUUUCUGUUCCAAUCGUGAUCUGUGUGUUAGCGAUAGUUGUAAUCAUUGCAGUAUUGUUAUGGAGACAGAAAAGGAAAAGAUCUGCAUCUACUGUAGUUUACAGGAACACCCAUAUUGAUUCUUCUAUCUCAGGACAAACUUUAGGCAGGCAAUCACCUACACGAGCUUCUGAUUAUGCCGUUAUUCCACCGGAAAGCGUACUUAACGAGGAAGCCUCAGGUAAUGAGUACCAGUACAUAGAUAUUCUUCCGGAAGACAAGACAAAGGAUAGCUUUUCCUACGAUCAUAUUAAACAAGCUGAAUCCCACACCGUUGACAGAAACUAUUCACAUUUAACUGAAUCCAAAAGAGGCGAACAGUCCUUUAAUGACCAUGCAUAUGCGCACACAGGAACGGGUUCUGAACCAAAGGAAUGGAAGAGAAAUUCAGAUGAAUUUGACGCUUCGUAUGACAUAUUACACAUUAUGGGAACGCCCAAUGCCGGACAAAAAUCGAUAGGAAACGUACAAAAUGAAAAAAAUAAACCUGAUCUUGAGUACAACCAUGGUGUGGCUGGGAGACCCGCCUCCAAGAAUGAAACAGAUAAUUACUCUCAUCUAAAUAGUUCUGGGCAAACACCACAAAGCUUUACACAAAACGAGGGACAUAGAUACAAUGAAAAUGUCAGUGGAACGAAAGACCCUCAUGUUCAACCAUAUCAGUAUGGAAAAGAACCUUUAAGUCAACAAUAUGAGCUUGAUAACCCAAACAGCAGAUCAGUGAAGUUUGACAAAGAAUGUGAUGGUAACCAUGAUGAUGAAAAGAAUGAUGGCACUUCACAUAACUACUUUAUCCUACAACCGGAAGACUAAUGCACAGACCAUAAAACGUCAUUUCACAUAGGUGUAGGCAUCACCAAGAACCAAAAGAAAGACUCCACAGCAUAGAAACAGAGACAAAGCAAAAUUCUCAUUAAAGACAAAUGUUCAAACAUAUCUUAUCAUCAGUAAAAAGAUUGUCAACUUCACUAUAUUUUAUCAGUAAUUGUUACUUUAUGUGUGUAUACUACAAAAAUAUAAAAGUGGAAACUCCACAGGUGCUGCUCAACACGACAAAAGUCUGCUGAAGUUAAGUCAUCUAUCCUUUUUACUUGUUCUGUAUUUAUUAUAACAGAAUUUUAUAUGCUAAAAUGAUUUUAAUAAUAGCAUGUUAAUUAACUAUGAAAUCUCAUAUAGGGUAAAUUGAAUAAUUAUAAUAGCAUUCAUAUAUUUAGGCAAUACUUUCCAGGUAUAAAACUAACACUUUUUCGCAAACAUUGUUAAGGGGCAUGCCUUAUAUGUACUUCAAUACAUGUAUAUCAGAUUUGUCUAAGCCAGCAGUAACGUCUAUAACAACUUGCUUAUAUUCCUUAUAAUUAUUUACAAUAAUACGAACACAGUAAACUGAUUAUGUACAUUUUUAAAUACUUUACUGGCUAUCCGACUGUUUUACCUUUAAAAAUAAAUGACGUAUUGUACUUACCAACAUACUUUGGUUUUGUUUGUAAUUUUCCAAAAGCUGACAAAUAAAAGCAUAUGAACAAGAUGGAAUGCUUUUUAAAUUGGUACGUACUAAUAGAAAUGACAUAUUAUUCUUUAUGAAUUUCUUUGAUUGCUAUGUCUUUAUUUUUUUCCUCAUGGAUGAUUCCUAUAAUAUAGUACAUUUACAGACGGUUUGAUAAUUUUGCUCAUAUGUUGAUUAUUCUUUAAAUUUAUGAUAAUUAAUAAAGAAACUUAGAAAUGCAUGUACGUAUAAAAUGAUAUAAUCUUAUCACAGAUGUAAUGAUGGGAUGACUAAAAGUUCGCUUCUUUCACCAUUUGGUGAAAUAUUUUUUCAAAAACUUACCGUAUACCUGACAUGGAUGGCAGCCGAAAAGAUAGCGAACUUGACUACUCAAACAAUUACGAAAGUGUUAUUUUGUUAGAAUAAGAAGAACUCAUGUGUGAGUGUGUCUCUUGAUUUACAACAUCAUCAAAAGGCCCUUCCCGAAAUCAGUGUUUAUGCUGAGCAAUUAUUAUUUAGACAUUUGAAAAAUUGUCUGUCGUGUCAUUCUUGAACUAUCACAUGUGCAUACGAUCACAUAGUCAGUGACCAUACAUUUUAUCUUCGGGCCU